AUGCCUUCAUCCAAAAAAUCUAUAUCCAAAGAAGCUUUAGAGUAUAAUUAUGGCAUGAACAAUUUGCUUAGAUUGAAGAACUUACAAGAAUCGGUCAAAUGGGAAAUCGAAGAGAAGCGGCACAAGUUUUUACAUGAAUUUUACGCCUUGAUCCAAGAGCUGAGAGGCCCAAUUCCUUAUCUCCAGUACAUUUUUAAAAAGGAAGAAAUCGAUUUGUUCCUCGUCGAUGCGCUGAAACUCGAUGGCAGCGAGAUUCAGGCGGAUAAAAUCAUCGAGUUCUUGAUCAAAACCGAGUACAAAGACAAACCCGACGUUGAAAAAUACAGCCGCAAGAAACUUUUGCAUCGCAACACUCCGUUGCAUUAUCUGGCUAAAAACGAGUUCAAGGGUAGGAAUAACGUGAUCAAGGAUCUGUUUACAAUUUACGACUGUUUCGACGUGAAUUAUUACGACGACUCGGGCCUAACGCAUUUCCACGCAGCCUGUAAGUUUGGUUGCGUGGACGUCGUCGAGAAAUUCAUCGAGCUCGGCCAGGAUCCCAAUUGCUACGAGUGCGAAUCGGAGGAGAAAUACCCUCGUUCGCCGCUACAUCUGGCUUUGGAGUACGGCUCCAUAAGGGUAGCCGCUUUACUGUUGAGAAGCGGUGCCGACCCUAAUUCGGUCGGCGAAGAUGGAUGUACCCCUUUGCACGUCAUUUGCCAGAACGGUGAACUUUUGUCGCAAGCCCGUGAAAUGGAGAGAUUAUUCAAGUGCAGCAACGAGCGGUAUGCGCGGGUGAAAGUCGACGCUCGAGAUAAUCUAGGCCGGACGCCGAUGCACUACGCCGUGGCUCAAACAGAGGUGGGGUCCCUGAGCUUCGGCAGAGACAACCCAAUCGGAGUGCUGAUGGAACACGGCGCCGAUCCGAUGGCAGCCGACGCGGAGGGCUUGACACCCAUGCAUAUCAUUUGCCAAAAAGAUGUCGACGAUUCGUACGCGGAUACAUUCUGCGACAUGCUUCCAUCGACGGCCCUGAAGGAGACGUGCGUAGAGGCGCUGGACAAGUCGGGCAACAGACCGCUGCACUACGCACUGAGAGGCGGACUCCGGAGGACGUACGCGGCGCUGCUGAGACGAGGCGCCGAUGCGAAUCGCGCCAACGAGUACGGACAGACUCCGGCGCACAUGAUAUGCGGAAGAAAAGAAGACGACGGAUUGAUGGGGGAAUUCGUCGCGAUGAAUGACAUAAAAGCAUCGUUAAUGAGACCAGUUUCUCUGGCUCCGUUGGAGGUCGAUAGCCGGGACAGGUGGGGGCAGACGCCGCUCCAUUUGGCCGCGGCCAACGGCUUGAAGACAGCCACCAAAGUGCUGUUGAAGAACGGCGCCGAUUCUAAUGCGACCGACUCGAACGGAUCGACUCCUCUGCAUUUGAUUUGCACGAGCAAACACAACGACGACUUGGCCAAGAUCUUUUUUGCGAUCAACGACGAAAAACAGCAGCCGAUCAAGGUCAACGCCCGGGACAAUUCGGGCAACACGCCGUUACACUUGGCACUGAGGUACGCGGACAGAGUCUUGGCCGAGAUGCUGCUGAGGCGAGGCGCCGAUCCGAACCUGAUCAACCAUAAAGGAUCGACACCUCUGCACUUCAUGUGCGCGAGAGAGGACGACAAUGACUGGUUGGCGAGGGUAUUUUUCAGGGCCUGCGGCGACAUGGAGAAGACCGUGAAGAUCGACGCCCGGGACAAUCGGGUAAUCAAGGACGAGUUCAUUGAUUUUUCGGACGAGUUCAAAAUGAUACUGGCGUCUUGUCCACUGAACAUCCUCGGACAUCUCAAGAAAAGAGGAUACGAACUGGACCAAAGCGGCGCCCUCGUCGUCGUGAAAUUUUUCACCAGGUAUCGAUUGUUCAAGAUGUCGUCGGAUGUAACCAAGUGUUCGCGUUGCGCCGCGAAGCAGGCCAAAGAGGCGGGAACAUCAGACUCAGAGUCAGAGGAAUUUGAAAAUGUAUGCAUCGCUGCUAAAAGCCCCGGAGAAGCUUGCGUCGUGCACAAGGUCGAGAAGCAAACGAGGAAAUUCUUUCUAGAGUGGGCGCUGGAAUUUUUUAUGGAGCUUACGCGCGAUCGAGUGCCAUAUCUCUGCAGUUCACAGAUCAUGGAACAGUUGAGGAACAGAGAUUUAUGUAAUGUUUGCUUGGCGGGUGAAAUUCAAGAUCUGUAA